AUAUAUAAAGCCUCUCAAUAGUUGACCAUGCGACGUAUUGAUUAACUACCGACUGAAAUGUACAGUGCGAACAAUACGUGCGGGGGACGCAGUCUCCACUUUUGGAAAAAUCAAGUAAACAUGUCAAAUGAGGUUGAAACCUUCAUUCAGCAAGAUGACUUGUUUAAAGAACGCAUGGGAUGUAUAUAUGAAGGCGGUCUCAGAUAUGCCUGGGCGAUGGAGUACGAUAACAAGAAUGCAGAGGCACUCUAUAAGGUGAAGGUGGAACCAGAAAAUGCCCAGGACGUCAUCGUGGUUGGGGCGGGUAUUUCCGGGCUGGUCAUUGCUUACGAGUUGGCGCAAAUUGGACACAAUGUGACCAUCCUUGAGCUGCAGAAUCGCGUUGGAGGCAGAAUCAAGACAUUCUACCAUGGUUUCGCGGAUGGACAGCAUGCCGAUGAUUUUUAUGCAAGAAACGAGUACUACAGUGACAAGUAUUGGAAGGGAUGGGAUGAGACGCUUCUGAAGGGAAGCUCAGAUGUGAAAGGAAAACUAAAAAUCAAUGGAAUACAUGACUACUUUGAUCAAACUAUUAAACCCGUAAUGAUCGAGCUUGGACAAUACCCAACGGAAGAGGACUGGACAAGGUGGGUAGAGAAAUGGAGCAAAUUUUCCACUGAGGACUUCCUCCGAAGCGAGACCUACUCACGUCCCGAUAAGCUGAAACUUCAGCCAUGGCCAGAGAUAGCAAUUGAUGGUCACAAGGUGUCUUCAUACUCCCCAAACAUAAGCGGAUCUUUGGUGGAAACAUUGCGAGGUAUCUUAGGCGGUUGGUGGCGAGAUGAAUUGAAGACCCCAAGUGACGGUAUGUCUGCACUACCAAAUGCCUUUCUUGAUAAAAAUGAUCAUGGAUGGAACCUAGAUGUUGAGCUACGCAACAAUAUCGUGUAUGGAUUCAAGGUACAAAGCAUCACAAAUGAUUCCAAGCUGAAAGUAAGCGGAGCAAACGUUAUUACAGGACAGGCUGCAAACUACCCAUGUGAUGCAGUCUUCGUCACAGUCCCGCUGAAUAUUCUUCGUCAGAUUGAUAUUCCGUUUCUUUGCAAGGAAAAGCAACAAGCAAUAGCAGGUGUUACGUAUGGCACAGCAACGAAGAUCAUGCUGCAAUGCAAGGAAAGAUUCUGGCAAAAGGAUGUCGGUAAAGGAGGUUUCAGCAAGACAUCUGAUAUCAUCGGUCAACUCCAUUAUCCUGAUGACGACGACUCCGACAUUCCCGAUUAUGCGCGAGGUAUAUUGAUGGUGUACUCGUGGGCUCAGGACGCCCUUGCUUUGGGCUCACAAAGUCACGAAGAAGCCAUUGCAACUGCCGUGUGCGAAAUCAGCAAAAUCCACCCAGAGAUGAAAGAUUGGUUUGAAGUUGGAAAGGUCCAGGCCUGGUAUAGUGAUCCCGCAGCACAAGGUGGCAAUGCGUCGCUGAAACCGUACGAAUACCUUUAUCAUCUGCAAUCCCUAUGGAAGUCUGAACACCCGCUGUAUCUAGCUGGGGAGGCGAUAUCAUGGAGCAACGCUUGGAUUCAGGGCGCACUAUUUUCCGGUUUGUCGCAGGCAUUCGCGUUCCAGUGUCGCAUGGAAGGCGUCAAGGAGUGUCAGCCCUGGAAAUGCUGAAAUGUUUGAUUUCCUCUAGUGCUGACGAAAAUUGAAAUAUUUUAUGCCAAAAACAAAUCAAACGUGAAUUAAACAUUUUUAGCUCAUCUAUUUUUUGAAAAAAAAUUAUGAGCUAUUGUCAUCACCUUGGCGUCGGCGUCGGCGUUGGCGUUGGCGUUGGCGUUGGCGUCGGCGUCCGGUUAAGUUUUGCGUUUAGGUCCACUUUUCUCAGAAAGUAUCAAUGCUAUUGCAUUCAAACUUGGUACACUUACUUACUAUCAUGAGGGGACUAGGCAGGCAAAGUUAGAUAACUCUGGCGUGCAUUUUGACAGAAUUAUGUGCCCUUUUUAUACUUAAAAAAUUGCAAAUUUUGGUUAAGUUUUGCGUUUAGUUCCACUUUUCUCAGUAAGUAUCAAUGCUAUUGCAUUCAAACUUGGUACACUUACUUACUAUCAUGAGGGGACUGGGCAGGCAAAGUUAGAUAACUCUGGCAUGCAUUUUGACAGAAUUAUGUGCCCUUUUUAUACUUAGAAAAUUGACAAUUUUGGUUAAGUUUUGUGUUUAGGUCCAUUUUAUUCCUUAAGCAUCAAAGCUAUUGCUUUCAUACUUGCAACACUUACUAACUAUCAUAAGGGGACUGUGCAGGCAAAGUAAUGUAACUCUGACUGGCAUUUUGACAGAAUUAUGUGCCCUUUUUAUACUUAGAAAAUUGAAAAUUUGAUUAAGUUUUGUGUUUAGGUCCACUUUAUUCCUACAGUAUCAAAGCUAUUGCUUUCAUACUUGCAAGAUUUAUGAACUAUCAUAAGGGGACGGUGCAGGCAAAGUUAUGUAACUCUGACUGGCAUUUGGACGGAAUUAUGGGCCCUUUAUACUUAGAAAAUUGAAAAUUUGGUUAAGAUUUAUGUUUUGGUCACUUUACCCCUAAAGUAUCAUAGAUAUUGCUUUCAUACUUGGAACACUCACAAACUAUCAUAAGGGUACAGUAAAAGGACAAGUUGCAUAACUCUGGUUGUCAUUGUUACGGAAUUAUGGCCCUUUUUUGACUUAGUAACUUUUAAUAUAUGGUUAAAUUUUGUGUUUCGAUCCACUCGAAGUAUCAAGGCUAUUGCUUUCAAACUUCAAAUACUUACAUGCUAUCAUGAGGUUACUGUACCUGGCAACUUGAAUUUUACUUUGACCUUUGAAUGACCUUGACUCUCAAGGUCAAAUUAUUAAAUUUUGCUAAAAUUGCCAUAACUUCUUUAUUUAUGAUUAGAUUUGAUUGAUACUUUGAUGAAACUACUCUUACCUGACAUACCACAAUAGACUUCACCCAAACCAUCC